GUCGGUUGCCAUCGAUCUGCCCCAGCGCCCAGGCGGCAUCCUGACAGCAUCCAAAACCCGAUAUCGACAAGAGCAGCCUGUGCCCAGACCGACGAGGAGACUCCAGCCGCACCGAUCGAUACCCGUCCGCCUCGCCCUCCAUCAGCUCAACCCCCCAACCAGCUGCGAUCGCCGCUGUCGCCUUCCCUCACCCCCUCCUCUGCUGCCCAUCCAAGAUGAGGAAAAAGUACAAGACCAAGUUCCCUGUUGCCCGCAUCAAAAAGAUCAUGCGGGCCGACGAAGAUAUUGGCAAGGUCGCGCAAGUAACGCCUGUCUUGAUAUCCAAGGCACUUGAGCUUUUCUUGCAGUCCAUCAUCGAUGAAACCUUGAAGGAAACCCGAUCGAGAUCCUCGCGCAAGAUGACGGUUUCGCAUCUGAAAAAAACGAUCCUGAACGAAGAAAAGUUUGACUUUCUCCGAGACAUCGUCGCCAAUAUCCCCGAUGCAUCGGAGCCGAACGUAAAAGUCGAUGAUGCUGGCGCCGCCACUCAAGCCUCGGGGAGCGUCAAGCGGCCGCGCAAAGAUCCUGGCCUCAAGGAAGAAUCAAGUGAGGAAGAAAAGGAUGAAGGCAACGAAGACUCGGGCACGAAGCGAGGCAGCAGCCGGGGUCGUGGACGAGGUCGUGGACGAGGAAGAGGUCGAGGGGCCAAGCCUGGAGCAUCCAGCGACUAGGCGCGCCGCAGGACUUCCCGCCCAGUACCCAGUCAUCAGCUCGGAAUGAACCAACACCAUUCAAGGUCGCGGCGACGACCAUCAAGAUUGCGACAUCCAUAUCCUUUCUGUAUUGGGGUACGUCGCUCCACAACGAACGGGCACCAAGCUUGCAUGGGGGUGUUGAGGAGAAU